AUGUCACAUUGGUUUCAUAGAAAUCCUAUUAAACCAACGGAAUUUGUGAAAUUUGAAUUAAAAGGAGUGCUAACAACCGAUAAAUGUUCAAAAAUCUGCGGUGAGCUUCGAUUGUUACGAGACCGACUUUUAAGUCAUUUUAAAAGUGCCAGCAACGAUUUGACGGAAGUACAAUCGGAUUUCUUCACAUAUUUGAGACUUUUUGCUGGUUUUCUCGUCGAAAUUGAAUCUCCAGGUGCCGACGUUUCUGGAGGCAAAAUGAAUAGCAAAUUGAUACCCGUCUUACGUUUCAAAUGGGGAAAUUCGAUGCUUGUUAACGAUCCAACAGAAAUCUCCGAUUGUUGGUUUGAAGCGCUCAGCAUGAUUCAGUGUAUGGCCAUUUGGCUUACAAAACAUGCAGCAUUCAUCGCUGGAAAAGACGAAGUUCGAGAAUUCGAAGCUAAAGAAUGUUUGCAAUGUUUGAAACAAGCGGCCGGAAUGUUCCAAUACGUAAAAGACGAAUCAACGAGAAUAUCUGGCGCAAACGAACUUCAAGGUUCUGAUUUCGAUCCAAAAGUCAUGGAAGCUUAUAUCUUAAUGGCAACUGCUGAAUGCCAAGAAAUCGUCAUUGCGAGAGCUAUUGAGAUGAAACAUAAUGAUACGCUUAUUUCGUCACUUGCGGCAAAUACUUCUGAUAUUUUCUCAAAAGCGGAGCAAAGCAUCUCUUCACUUCCCGAGGAAAUUUUCAGCAGAUGGCGAAAAUAUUUGCAAUUGAAACAUCAUUUCUAUUUGGCAUAUGCCUACGCAUUUCUUGGCCAAGCUCAGUUAGCUGAGGAUAAGUGUGGAGAAGCUGUCAGAGCUUGCAAACAAGGAAUCGCUGAAUAUGAGGUUGCUAAAGAUUUCGCAGAAAUGUACAGUAAAGCGCCAGGACCUGGAAUGCGAAUCAAACCGGAAAAACACUUGUUCUUCCGGCAAAUAGAACCAUUAUUGAGAAGGCAUUUGGAAAAAGCCGAAAGAGAAAAUGGGUUCAUUUAUCACCAAAAAGUGCCUGAUGAGUGCCCACAAUUGGAUACCAACGUCUCUUAUGGUAUCGCCAAACCAGAAUCUUUCACUUAUCCACCAGCAGCGGAGAUUUGGAAUCCAGCGGUGUAUUCAGCUUUCGACAUCUCCAAAGCGAAAAUGCCAGACUUCUCGAAAAUGAAAAAGAGCUCAUCGAAAUUGGAUCCAGUCAAAGAGGAGAAAAUCUAUCAAACCGAAAAGGACCCUAAUAAUUCCAGUGGAUGUGUUAUUUGCUAA